CAUCCGGGUCAGGCUGAGCCGCUUGCUCCCUGUGACUGGCGGAGGUGCCGCGCUGUCCGCGUUAUUUCCUCUCGGCGAGACCGACCCGCAGUGGCCACCGGCGAGGAGCCACCCCUGUCCCAGGGAAGAAAAAAGAGCAGGAGACCUGGGAACGCACGGCCGCCGUGCGGGGCCGAGCCGCUCCAGGCUGACGACUCUGCUCCUCCGCUUGCUGCUGUAUUUGGGAACGAAGUGCCAGCGCUGAGGGGCAUCCAGCAGACAGCGACCCCCUUCCCCGGCUCCCCUGCCCACCCUGCCGGGGAGGGCGGAAGAUGCCGGUGAAGAAGAAGAGAAAAUCCUCUGGGGUGGCAGCGGCAAUAGCAGAAGACGGAGGCCUCAAAAAGUGUAAAAUCUCCAGCUAUUGCAGAUCCCAACCCCCUGCUAGACUAAUAAGUGGAGAGGAACAUUUUUCAAGCAAGAAGUGCCUGGCUUGGUUUUAUGAGUAUGCAGGUCCUGAUGAAGUUGUAGGGCCAGAAGGAAUGGAAAAAUUUUGUGAAGACAUUGGUGUUGAACCUGAAAAUAUUAUUAUGUUAGUUUUAGCGUGGAAAUUGGAGGCUGAAAGCAUGGGAUUUUUUACCAAGGAAGAAUGGUUAAAGGGAAUGACUUCAUUACAGUGUGACUGCACAGAAAAGUUACAGAACAAAUUUGACUUUUUGCGCUCACAGUUGAAUGAUAUUUCAUCAUUUAAGAAUAUCUACAGAUAUGCCUUUGAUUUUGCAAGGGAUAAAGAUCAGAGAAGCCUUGAUAUUGAUACUGCUAAAUCUAUGUUAGCUCUUCUGCUUGGAAGGACAUGGCCACUGUUUUCAGUAUUCUAUCAGUACCUGGAGCAAUCGAAGUAUCGUGUUAUGAACAAAGAUCAGUGGUACAACGUAUUAGAAUUCAGCAGAACAGUCCAUGCCGACCUUAGUAACUACGAUGAAGAUGGUGCUUGGCCCGUUCUUCUUGAUGAAUUUGUUGAGUGGCAAAAAGUCCGUCAAACAUCAUAGCAAGAACUAUUGUGAAGAAAAUGCAAACCUUUUGAUUCCCACGUGUAUACAAGCUAAUGAUGAGGGGAAAAAAUCCAAAGGGUGCAUUUUUAUUCAUAUGAAAGACUUCUCAUAGCCCUUUUUUUUUUUUUCCUUUUUUUUAAAGGAAGUUUUCUUGUUACAUGUGAUGGGCAUUGAGCCACGCUUCUGAGACUGAAUAUGGAAGUUUUUGUUUCAAGUUAUGUUUUUAACAUUUAUUUCAGAACAAUAAAGAUUCAGAUUUGUGACAAAGGCCUUAAAGUGAAGAUGUCCCUUGAGUGUCAGAGUGGUAUUUAUUUUUGUAAAUUUGAAUUGUUGAAUUUUUGAGGUUCUAACCAAACAUGAAUUUGUGAAAUUUUAAAGAUUUUAAGCAAUCUUAAUACUUGGCAAUGUUGUCUGUUAAUGGUAUGGCUCAUUAUAGUCAUCUCUGCACAGUUAGGAAGAGUAAUUACUGGCCUUGGCUUCUGAGACAAUGAUUUUCCGAUGCAGCUAUUAAAAGUGCUCCUACUUUCAGCUCUGGGUUUCUGUAAAAGCUACCAGGGUGUUAUGCAUAUAUCUUAUCUGAAGAGUUUAGGAUUAGAAAGUUAUUUUGUUUUCUAUCCACUAAGUAAUAUUUUAGAUAAGUAUAAAUGAGCAUUGCAUGUAUAAUCUUAAUGUAAAUUUUCAGUUUUUUCUGUCAUUUAAAAAUUUCCAUUUAUAUUUGAAAGAGCAAGGUUGUUACAUUAAUGGUCUCAACAUCAGACAUCCUUAUAAGGGAGUCAGGAUUAAUAUUUGAAGUUUCAUUAUUGUUAUUAGCAACAUAUUUAUGAUAAUUUUAACUGUCAUUUUAUGAUAUAAAGAGUUUCAUUGAGAAUGCUUUUGUUUGCCUGAAGUGAACUUUUGCUUGAUGUUGGAGACUUAAUUAAGGUAUAUUUGGGGAAAGAAGAUGAUAGAAUAAGGAACCAUGAGAGAACUCUAUAAGUGUGCAUAGCACAGUGGUGCCAUUUGUGUUGGUAGUGUUAUAGUUUGCUAUUUAUCACAGUUUACUGACUGUUGGCAAUAAAGUAUCUUGAGGAAAUGCAGGCUAAUUUCCAUGGAAGGCAUCUUUCAGGCUAACAACAGGCAUGUUUGUACAGUCCCUUUCAAGCUAUCUACAAUACCAAUGAUAGGAAGAUAAAAUUUGCAGUCCAAUCACAACCUCAAUAUCAUUCCUAGUUUCUUUGUAAGCAUAUAGAGAAGUAAAUAGAUUAUUUUUCCAUAAUGACAUUUCUCUUGGGAUUUAAGGAAAAAGUAGAGUUUUGAUGAUGAUCAUAAAUGUGAGUGUUUUCAGUAUUGUUUACUUAAGGAGGAUAGUGUUUUAAAGCUUUUUAUUUUUUACUGUUCCUUUCAUGUGCAGGCAGAAAAUGAUUGACGUUGUUUUGCUUGCCUUCUUGAUACGAUUACUUUGUACAGUUUUGUAAGGCAUUGAUAUAAUAGAGGGCAACAAAUUUUUUCCUAAAUGUCUAACAACUAAGAAUAAUUCUCCUGUAUUGUUGUUCUUAAGUAUUAGAAUCACUGAAAUACUAGAACUAAGCAUAGCAACAGUGUUAUGAUUUAGUAUCAUCAUGUCUUAACAGCAAAUUCAUUUUAAGUAAAAACAUUUAAAUUUUUAAGCCUUGAAUAAUUGACUCCUCUUUGCAAAGAAUAACUUGAAGAGUAUUCUUCAUUUUUGUUUAAUUCCAAAACAUGUUCGGUGAAAUCUUAUUUCACUGUAUAGCCUUAACUAAUGGUAAUGUCUUUGUCAUCUUUAUUAUUUGAGUAAAAUAAGGAACACAUUUACUUUGCUUACCUAUCCAAAGAUACGGUUAAGAGUUUGUAUUCUGAAAAUGAAGAUGAAAUUUUUUUUUUCCUGAAGGUCAGCAGGCUAAUCCUAACUUGGUCAUUUUAACUUUACUCUUACUGUAUAUAUUUCUCUUAUCUUAAAUAUAUGUUACAUUUACAUACUUUGGAGGCAAAUUUACUCUGCCUAAUUAGUCAAAGUACAGACUACGUCCCUUCUUUCCUUUCUUAAUUUAUAUUUAAACAGCAUUUAAUUUACUGGAAAAUAUGUAAUUAAGAUGUUAAGUGGUUAAGAUAUUAAGGAAAGAGGACAGCAUUAAGGAGCCUGCAAUAUAAAAAAGAAAUAUAAUUGCUGUGGCUCCUUUUUUGACUAGUUGGCUUUAAAGUGCCUUCCCAAGAAUUCUGUUGUAAAUUUUCAGAAUUAUUUCCUUUAUGAAAUGCUCAGUGGUGCUUUACAAUAUGGAGUCAACUUUUUUCUUACCAAAUAGUAUAGAUGUUACACUUUUGGAAGAAAGUAGAGUCAGGUACUGAUUCUCUGAUGUGAAGGGUGGAGAGUUUGCGCCCUAAGCCCCCACAUACACACACACACACACCCACAAAACCCCUUGGGGACAAUAAUUUUUGUUCUAUGAUAUCUAGGAAAUUGCCGGGGAUUCAGGUAACAAUGUGAUAACAAAAAAUAUAUAUAUGUGUGUUGAUCUGGAUCUGCACUACCAUGUUUGCCUCUUACUGCAUAAUAAUUUCUUGCUUUUAAAAUGCUGCUGAUAAAAUUCUUGACAUAAUACAUUUUGACAGUGAUGAUAUUUUUAGGUAUAGUGUGUAGGUUUUGUUGAUAUGGCUUUUACUCUAAAGUACCCUAGAUUGUUUCUUCAACUAGAAAUCUGUGGUCCUUCUAAGAUGGGAAUAUAAGUUUACCCUGAGUAUUUCAAAUGCCUUUUCAACUAGCAAACCAAAAAUUUAUCUUAACAAUAUUUGGAGUGCCAUCAGGUUGGGAGGAGUGAAAUGGGAGUAGACUUCUGAGGUAACUCUAGUGUUUAGGGCAUAAAAGAUAUGUGAAGUAGCUGUCUACAUUCAGAACAUGUGAAAUAUAGUACCAAUUAAACAUUUUACUUUGAACCAAGUAUUUCUUGAUGUAUCCUUUGUGCCUAACUGCUAAUGUGAAAUUAUGAAGGAAUUUGCUAAAAUUUAUUAUGUGUUGAGUUUAAGUAGCAAGUAGUAAGAAAGCUGACCUAAUUUGAUUUGUUUUCUUGAAUGUACUUAAAGCUGUUGUGGUAAUAAUUCAGAAUUUGAUAAAACUGUUCUGGCUUUCAAAACUCCAAUAGCCCAAAAGUUCUGUACUGUGCCUUCCAUGUGCUUCUCAAAUGUCUAUGAAAUGAAGUAAAUUGAGGGCACUCCAAUAUGUAAUUUAAAUGUAUUUCCUCGCUAGAAAAGGCCAAAAAACAAACCAAAAACCAACCAACCAACCAACCCAUCGAUCUUAAUCUUAUUGCUAAUGAGAAAUUCUCCCUUGAGGAAGUAUCUUGAGUGAUACUAGAAAUCAUCACAAGGGAAGAUUUCAAAGAAGGGAUUUUUCUCUUCAGGAAAAAUAGAAAUAACAGCAAAAUUUUAUUAAUUUCCUUAGGAAAGUCUAAUGUGAAAUGUUAAGUAUUUUGGAACUUUGGAAUAUGUGUUUUUAAUGAGUGCAGUUUUAGUCCUUAAAUACCUUUUCCAACCAAACAGAUUGCUUGAGACAAAGUCUCUGUGUUAGUAGACCUCCUUACUUUUAAAUAGUAUUGUGGUAACCCAAAAAACAGUGUAACUCGUAGAGUUUUACAGAUGGUUUAGAGAUGAAUUUCUCCCACACACCUUGGAUGAAUUGUCAUUCAUGUUUAAUUGUAGAGAUCUUUCUAUUGAACUUUUACUUCUCCUGAUUAUUUUUAUCUUUCAAAGCAUAAUUUAUUUACCUUUUCUCCAAACACCCAUCCUAAAUAAAAACA